UUGAAUGGCAGAAAUAGGAAGCAAGAAGAGGAAAAUGGGAGAAGAAAGGAGAAAAGCAAAUGCCAAGAAAACAGACUGGCCUCUCAUCAAACCUAAAUCCAAUCUCCAAGUCACUCACCUCAAAGAUUCUCAUCUAUUCACUGUGCAAAAUUUCUUCACAUCUGCUGAAUCAAAGGCAUUCGUUAAGAUUGCUGAAUCAAUGGGUUUCACCCACCAAGGAAGUCUUGGCCCAACGAAAGGCGAAGCUUAUAGAGAUAACGAUCGGACAUCUGUUAAUGACCCAGUUCUUGCAUACACAAUAUGGCAAUCUGGACUUAACAAAUUAUUUUCUGAUAUUAAGAUUCGAGGGAAGGUUGCUGUUGGGCUGAAUCCAAAUAUCAGAUUUUACAGGUACAAGGUUGGUCAGCGCUUUGGUCGGCAUAUUGAUGAAAGUGUUGAUCUUGGAGAGGGAAAGCGUACCCAUUAUACUUUGUUAAUAUAUUUAAGUGGUGGUUCAAAACAGAAAACUAAAGGUGUUCAAAGCAAUGUUGGGGAUUCUUCUUCAGAGCCUCUAGUUGGUGGAGAGACUGUCUUCUAUGGUUCACGAAAUGGUAUUGUGGCUGAGGUAGCUCCUACUGAGGGGAUGGCUCUCCUGCAUAUUCAUGGGGAUAUGUGUAUGUUGCAUGAAGCAAGAAAUGUUACCAAGGGUAUCAAGUAUGUUUUCCGUUCAGACGUAGCUUUUGCUUGAUGAGUACACAACAUUUUUAAAGGUCUGGUGAAUUCCAAUUUUGUGUUCUUGGAUUUGUGCAACUGAACAAACCAAAGCAAAUGCAUAAAACCAUGACCCAUGGCUCGUGUAUUGCUAAGAUGACUGGGUUUCAUAGAAGUAUCUAGAUCUUGUUGUUUGUUCUGUGUUAACACAGUAGCAAUAUACACCUACAAUGUACCCUAUUUUUCUUUUAAUGAUUUGACUGCCGUCAUUGCUGGUAUGUAAUCCAAGUUUUACCGAUAUUUCUAUUUUUCUUCUGUAUCAAUAAUCAUUUUUACUAUAAAUCCUCUCCUACCAAGUUUCACUUUGGUAUCAAAAGAAUAAAUUGAUUUGAGUUUUUGGUGAAA